AUGAAUAGUCUUGAAGCAGAAUAUUCGUUUUUAACGCCAACAUGGAAAUUACCAACGGUAUCAACAUCUUCGGUAUAUCCUCAUACAUUUGGUACUUCACUUUCAACCAAUGUACCAACCUCAGGUCCAGAUUGGACAUUAUGGAAUAAUACAAUGUAUAAUUCACGAUAUACUCCUUCGUAUGUUCCUUCAACAAAUAUUCGUCGUAAUUACCCUGUAUCAACAAGUUAUCCACGAGCAGGACCAACUAUUAUUCCUUCACAACAAAAUUAUCAAACACUUGGAGAUCAUUCUGCACAAUCUGGUCCUCCUUAUCAUCAAAAACCAAAUAGUCUAUAUGGUGUUCAUACUAAUUCAGAAGAUGGUCUUAAUUUAACAAUUAGUGUACAUCCUAAUAAUGAAUAUGAAUCUUACAAUGAUACUACUAAUCAUGGUCAAUCAAAAACUCAAAUGGUUAAUCGUGGAUUAACAUAUGCAACAAAUAAUCAAAAUAAUCAUCCACCAAUAAAUCAAAAACGACGUGUACAAAUAAUUGAUCAUAAUCGUCAAACACCAUCAACAGUUAUCAAUGAAAAUUUAUCUGAAAGAAACAGUCGAAAUUCUAAUUUUGCACCUUCAUAUACACAUUAUACUCAUACACCUGAUCCACAUAAAUCUCAACAAAAAUCUAAAACACCUAUAUCAAGUCAAUAUUAUGAACAUUCCGAUGAAAGUAAACAUGGUAAUGAUGGAAAUAAUUUAAAUGUUCAUGAUUAUCUGUAUGGACUGUCUGCGCCUGAUCCUGGUAGUUAUGCAAACGCAUAUAAACAUCAUCAACGUCGUUUACAAGACGAAAAAUUGGGUCGUAAAUCAGUUGUGAAUGAGUAUAGAAGUUUCGCACGAAAUGGUGGUUUUGGUCCUGCUUUUGGAAAUACGGAUCAUCAUUCAUACGAAGAUAAAAUUGAUACUGAAAAUCGAAGAAAAUAUUAUUCAAAAGUCGUACAUAAUACAAAUCAAUAUAAGAUUGAAGAACAAAAACGUAUUCAAAAUAAUAAUGGAUACAAAAAAGAUCGUCCAGCACUCAUACCUAAAUAUCAACGGUAUCAAUCAGUAUUUUCAUCAUUCAUUCCAAUUUUUGCACCAAUAAUAAUAACAUCUUUAUCACAUAUUCGACGUCAUUCAAGUUUAGACUAUAUUCAAUAUUCAAAUCAAAAUGAUUCCUUAUUCGAUGAAUUUAUUAUUCAUCGUGCAAGACGUUCAUUAUCUUUACCAUCAAUAAUAAUGAAACGACGUAUUCAUUUUAAUAGUCAUAAUUUUUUUCGUCAUCGUUCAAAUACAUUUAGUGAUUUACCAUCAUAUAUUAUUGGAAAAAGUAUAUCGAAUCGAACAGAUUUAUUAUCAAAUCGUUUAACAACACAAAAAUUAACUUCAAAACUUUUAAAUCAUGAAAACAGUGAGAAACAAAUAAAUAAUCUUAAACAUAUUGAAAAAUCGUCAAAUUUUUCAUUACAAACAAUAUCAAAUAAAAAUGAAACAAAAUUCAUUACUUCACACAGUAUGAUAAUAACAAAAAAUAUGAGAGUACCACCAACAGCGACUAUAGUUAUUAAUCAAACAUCUAAACCUUCACUUAUAGCAACAACAUCAACAAAUAAUAAUUUGAAAAAAACUACUUCGAAUAAGGAUGUUAUACAUUAUCAAAGACCAUUGACUGCAUGUUCAAUUCCUGAUUCAUAUAGAAAAACGAGAACAAAAUUAAAUCUAGAUUUUGACUUACAAAUAAAAUCAUUUCAUAGAAAUGCAUCCAAUGAAUAA